AAAAUUACAAAAUUAUCAGAACUUUUAUUUUAAAUCAAAUCGUUUUAAUUCGAAGUAGAAUAUUAUUCGCGAAGAGUGAUGUAAAUCUUCACCGAGCUUUCAAUAAUCUAAUACUACGAAUGUGUUUUCGUUUUACUUCGUGAACUGAUAACAAUUUUGCAGCAUCGUAGAAGCACAUCAAGAUUCAAUUCACACAACUAUUCACCCAGUGUAUUAUGCUGAACACCAAGUGAAAAAUUCUGAUGCAACUCGACCACUAAUCGUCUCUCUACUACUGCCCUUUUUCAACGAUGAUACAAAAUCAUUUCGAUACAAGAAGACCCUUUUAUGGAUGACUUAAACUACCAACAUUCUCUGAACGUGGCCCACAGAUAUGCCAGAGCUGCAGAUAACCAUGAGAAAGUGAGAAACUUCGACGAGGCUUCAAAAUGUCAUCAACAAGCUAUUGAUUACAUACAGUUGUCUUUCUCUCAUGCUACUUUUGCUGUGACAUUAGAAUCGUUGAAAUUACAAGAAGAUUAUCAUCAUCGACAGAAACACAUUUUGAGGUUGAAAAAAAUCCAGUACGGUAUUCACCAAAAGUUACUAGCUCAUAAACAAAAACAAAUGGCUUUAGCACAAGCUGAAAUCGAAUCAUCAGACGAGAAAGAUAAAGAUUUACAAUGGGCGAUUUUCAAGAAUAUGGAAGCAGUGGACUCUCUAAUAGACGCACUAAUCGAACGAGAUACCAAAACAAACGACGAAGAAAGCUCCGAACUGAGUAAAAGUCCAUCCUACAACACAGCCAUCAAACACCCAAAAAAUGACAGCACCGUAAUAGAAGAAUUACACACAUUGAACAACAAACUUCGCGAACUGAUCUCUCAACUGUUGAGUCAACUCGACGAAAGUCAAAAAGAAGUAGCAUCGUUGAAGGAGAAACUCAAAUAUUACGAAUCUACCUACCCGAAACAAGAACAGCAAGAUGAUCAAAAUUUAAUAGAUUUCAAUAGUCUUUCAUCAUCCGUCGAAUCAGUGCCCACUAUUCCUUAGGCUAUUUUUCGUUCUUCUAUGAACUUUCAUAAAAUUUUAUUUCAUCUCAUUACAUACGAAUGUGCGAUUACGUUUACCAAAAAUUUAUACCUAAUUCUAGAAAAAUCAAUUGCUGAAGAAGUGUUCCUAUGAAUAGAAGUUGAAAAGUUUAUUCAUGCGUGUUAGUGUGUGAUAAUUAUCUUGACGAAUUUCAGUUCGAAUUUGAAUUUUAAAAUAUUUUCUUUCAUCGAGUUACGUAUAUAUUUCGAAUAUUAUUUAUCGAUUAUUAUUUCUAAUUCGAGUUGAAUUUUACGUAAUAGAUUUUAUAAUUUUAUUUUCAAUUUUAAUUUAAUUUGUUUUAAGUUGCGUUACGUAGUGUUUGUCAAAAUGAGUUUCGUGUUUUUUUUUUGUACAGUUUUUUCAUCACAGCCAGUGUUAUAUUUCUUCCUAAUGAAUGUGUGAACUAAGUAUUGACUUGAAAUAAAGAAUUUCUCAAUUUUUA